AUGGCUGAUUCCUUGGAGCAGAGGUUUAAUAGAUUGAGGGAUGCAGGAACAAAAAAUCAGGAUAGUUCUACAAGUGUUGUUCCAAGCAGGUCACGACCGAUCAUCCAAAGUGUUUCCAGAACUCUCCGAAGUAAUAAAAAUUUGGAGAAAUACUUUGAGCCAAGGGUACUAGCAAUAGGCCCUAUCCAUCAUGGAAAGUUUCCGGAAUGGGAGGAGCUCAAAUACAGAUUGGCAGCGGACUUCGUCAACGACAGCGGCCGGAGCGAAGAAUUUUUGUACAAGGAGAUUGAGGACAACAUCAAGGAGUUAAAACAAUGCUACGACGAGAAAACAACAGAGCGCUAUGAUGGUGAUGAGGCGAGCCUCGCCUGGAUGUUUUUCGUAGACGGUUGUUCAAUCUUGCAGUUUAUACACAAGUAUUCUACCUUGGAAGAGUUUGAGAUAAAGAGAGACCAAGUGUUCUUUGCUGAACAAGACUUGUUCUUGCUAGAGAACCAAAUCCCUUAUGAAAUCCUCAACCUUUUGAUGAGCUCAAGCAUAAAAAAUGAGGACCUUUGGAACGGAAUCCAGGUGUUUCUUGAUAUGCAUAGUACUGCAGCUUGUGCAUCAGCGAAGCCAUCUGAAAUUUGA